AUGACAACGAACUCUUUUCCACAAAAUUCCAUCGUCAGUAAAAAUAAAAACAACGACUAUAAAGUCAAUCUUCCUGAUGAUGAUGAUUGGACUCGAGCAAUUUAUCAUGAUCUCAAUAUAAAACGACGAACAUGUACUACAUUUAUUCCACAAUCCUCAGCAAUUACUGAUCCUGGUAGAAAUAAGAAUGAUGUUCCAUGUGGUUGUAAUCGUCUUCGUCGUGAACAUUCUUGGGAUGUUCUCGAGAAAAAUGGUCUUGAAUGGAAUCGAAAGGAGCAUACAAAAUCGGCUUGCAAUAAUGCAUAUGGAUCUAUGCCGAAUACUCAUGCAAAUUAUAUUCGAUGUGAUAUUGAAACACACCCAAAUAUUCUUGUUAAGUUAAUGUUUGAUGUAUGGAACGUUACGGAACCACAAUUAAUAAUGUGUAUUAUUGGAGGAGCUAAAUAUUUCAAAUUAAAUGAACGACUUGAAAGAGAAUUUAUGAAAGGUAUUAUUCAAGCUGCGUUGAGAGCACAUGGUUGGAUUGUAACAACAGGAUUUAAAACGGGUGUUGUACAACUUGUUGGUGAAGCUAUUCAUGAUCAUAAAGUAACUAAUCCACAAAGUCAUAUUACUGCUAUUGGUUGUUCGAAAUGGGGUGCAGCUAAACAUCGAGCAUCACUUAUAUCAUCAAAAACAUCAACUAAUUUGAAUCAAGAUUCAACGAUGGGCACAUUAAAAAUUAAAAAAAGUGAACAAGAUCUUGAACCGAACCAUACGCAUUUUUUAUUACUUGAUGAUGGAACUUAUUAUGGAUAUGAUAUUGGAGAAUGGNAGUAUAUUCGAUGUGAUAUUGAAACGCACCCAAAUAUUCUUGUUAAGUUAAUGUUUGAUACAUGGGAUGUUACGGAACCACAAUUAAUAAUGUGUAUUAUUGGAGGAGCUAAAUAUUUCAAAUUAAAUGAACGACUUGAAAGAGAAUUUAUGAAAGGUAUUAUUCAAGCUGCGUUGAGAGCAAAUGGUUGGAUUGUAACAACAGGAUUUAAAACGGGUGUUGUACAACUUGUUGGUGAAGCUAUUCAUGAUCAUAAAGUAACUAAUCCACUAAGUCAUAUUACUGCUAUUGGUUGUUCGAAAUGGGGUGCAGCUAAACAUCGAGCAUCACUUAUAUCAUCAAAAACAUCAACUAAUUUGAAUCAAGAUUCAACGAUGGGCACAUUAAAAAGUAAAAAAAGUGAACAAGAUCUUGAACCGAACCAUACGCAUUUUUUAUUACUUGAUGAUGGAACUUAUUAUGGAUAUGAUAUUGGAGAUUAUCGAACAAAAUUUGUUCUUGAAGCAUCGCGUUAUAAAAAAGAUGUAGUUGAAGGUGGUCCAGAUACAUUAUCAACAAUUUACAAUGAUCUUGCUAAUAGUAUACCAAUAGUACUAGUGGAUGGUAGCGGUCGAAUACCUAAUCUUCUUGCUAAUUUUCUUAAUCGUACAGAAUCAAUGAUUCAUCGAAGCAGAAAAGAUAAUGAUGGUGCUAACUGGAAACAAGUAAUCGAUAUCAAAGCAGCAGAUGAUGUUGAAAAAUUAAAAGUGAAAUUUCUACCUUAUGCAGAUGAAAUACGUGAUGGUUUAAGAGAUAUAUCUAAAGGAUCAAAAACAUCAGAAAAACAGAUGGAGCAAUUAUUUAAAUAUUUUCUUUAUUGUUUACAACCAGCUGUUCGAUGUAAAAUUCGAAUAUUUAGUCUGGAUAGUAAUGAAUCUUUAGAUGAUACCAUUUUUGAAGCUAUUGUACAAGCAAAACAACAAGAAAGUGUAGAAAAAAAUAAAGCAGUGAAUCGAGACCAGUUAUUAUAUUUGGCACUUGCUUGGAAUGCUAUUCAUGUAGCAAAAGAAUAUAUCAUUAAAGAUGAUUUAAAUGAUCUUCGCCCAGAUACGAAAGAAAAAUUAUUUUUUGAUGCACUUUUAAUUGAUCGUCCACAAUUUGUUAAUACAUUUAUCAAAUUAAAUUUCGAUGUAACUCAAAUGUUCUAUGAAAGACAAACUAAUCAACCAUGGAAAUUAAGAUCGAAACAAUUGCUUAGAUUAUAUGCCAAUGAUGACAAGAAAAAUAAAGAACGUUUGUUUUUACUUAAAAGAUGUUAUGGCAACAAACGACUUAAUUCCGAACAAGAUCUUGAUAUAAUAUUAAAAAGUUUAAUAGGUGAUUAUUUUAAAUCAAUAUAUACUCAUUCAGACACUAACCUCUGGGAACAAAUAAAAGCAUGGUGUCCCUGUUUAGUGGAAGCUCGUGUCGCGGAUAGUCGUGCGGUUCCAAAUACAGAUUAUAAUGACAGUGAUUCUGAAGUACCUGAUCCAGAAGAAGCUCAAAAAGAUGGUCGAGAACUUGUUUUUCGUGAUUUAUUUUUGUGGUCGAUAUUAACAAAUCGUAUUGAAAUGUCCAAAGUUAUAUUAAGUCAUAUGCAAACACGUACAUGUGCUGCAUUAAUAGCAUCAAAAAUAUUUAAAUCAUAUGAAGACUAUGCUUAUGAUAAUGAAUCAAAGGAUGUUUUACAUGGUCAAGCUGAAGAAUUUGAAGAAUAUGCAAAUCAAUCUUUAAAAUGUUGUUAUAAUCUUGAUGAAGAAAAGGCAUGUGAAAUUGCUAUUCGACGUAUCAAACUAUUAGGUGGUGUUUCAUGUCUUCAAGUAGCUGUUGAUGCUGAUGAUAAAACUUUUGUUGGUCAACCAUGUUGUGAUCAACUUUUAAAUAGUAUUUGGUAUGAUAAAAUAGAACCGUCUCAAUUCACAUUACUUCAACGCUUCGGAUUAUUAAUAAGUAUUUGUACAUUUGGUUUAUUAGCACCAUUUUGUGUUUCAUUCCGUGAAGACAAAUCAGCUCCUAUUUCUUUUGAUAAUGAUAGAAAAAAGAGAUAUGACAUGACUGUUAAUGAAACAGAACAAGAUACAAAACCAUUAUUAUCAAAAACAAAAGAAAGGUAA